UGUAUGUAGUACGGCACUCUUCAGCGCCUAACUCUGCGUUAGCCGUAGAAGCAGAGGUGGCGCACGGCUUCCGCGUCGCCCAGCAUGCACCUGCCUCCGCGAACUCCGAUCCCAAUACCAUACUGGCCAUCGCCCUUCAUCGAAACCCUUGCGUUGCACAUCAAUCUCAUCCACCGUCACAUGGACUUGCUGUGCCGCCUGAAACGGCCGAAAAUGUUAGUUGGGCUAUCCUCAGGUGCCUACCCAGCGAAGGCCCCGCUGUGCCUCGCUGCCUCUUAGCAGGAAGGCAAACGCUGCGUAUAAAAGGGCAGCCCUCUUACCUAUCUAGAUAGCCCCCACCUUAAAAGCUUCUAUUCAUUUGAGUUUCCGCAC